AUGUCUACAACUUCAUCAAAUCAAGCACCAGGAGGGUUAAGAAAUGCAGUAAAAAGAAAAACAACAGCAGAUAAAAAAGCACAAACUUCAAGUGCAACUCCAUUAAGUACAAGAUCAGCAGGAGCAGGUGGAUCAUCAUCAACAAUGAUGAAAUUAUUUACUGAUGAAGCUCAAGGUUUAAGAGUUGAUCCUUUAGUUGUUUUAUUUUUAGCUGUUGGUUUUAUAUUUUCAGUUAUUAUUUUACAUGUAUUUGCUAAAAUUACAGGUAAAUUUACUGCUUAA